UAUAUUCUAAUGUUUUCAUUUUUGGGGAGAAAAAUAUUCUAACCUAAUCCAGUGAAUUUCCAACUUAAAUGUUUGCCAAGGUCCACAACUGCAUUCACCAAAAAGAUUUACAAGAACUAAGGAACAAUACUAUGAACUCAACUGUAGAAUGCCCAUAUAAGUCAUCAAAGUACAAUGAAAUACGAAGGAAAUGGAAAAAUAACAGUGACAAUAAAAAGAAACUUAUAGACAAUAAGAAACAAGAUUACAAAAACGCUGAAAAGAUUGCAGAAACUUCUAAUCAAGCACCUUACAAUACGAAUGAUAAAAAUAUUAAAGGAAGUGAUUUCAAGAUAAAGCCGAGUCUCAUUCCACGGCCCAUAUCGAAGAAAGCGACGUUAAAUACUAAAGAAUCUAAUGCAUCUAUAAGUAUCAGGAUACAAAACCUCGUACAAGAAAUUCAUCACUUGAAAAUUACUCAAGAUGUAUUCGAAACUGAAGUACAGCGUGUGGACCUCACAAGACCGAUACCGAACAUUGACAGUGAAAUCGAUUUGCAGAAUAACAAUAUCUUUAUAGAUCAAGAAUUUGUCAUAUCCGAAAUGUGUGAAAUUAAUUAUGACGGUAACGCUAAUGAAGAUUUGAAGGAAUCUAAUAUUGAACAUGAUCUUACAAGUGUAGUAAUUAAACAGACAAAAGAAAAUAUAUUAGAUGAUACAAAGGAUGAAAUUGACGGUCUUCCUAAACCUUUAGAAUCUACAAAUAUUUCAGAUGAAUCUGAAGCAAGUAAAGUAGUGAUUGAUGUUAUCAAUCAUACUUUGGAUGAAUAUGUAAAGAAAAAACUAGCAGAUGAUGUUAUCAAUCACAAUAACGACACGACAGCUUCUAAAAUUGAAACACCGAAGAAGAAAAGUAUCCACCUUUGGGACUCCAGGGGCCGGUGCAAACGAUGCCAUGUGUACAAAAUAGGACACAAACCGAGAAAAGGGCGUCUAAUGUUGAUGAUGCGUAUGUCGAUCGGGCGGAUCUGUAAGCAGCGGCUUUACGAGGCCUGGAGGAAAACCGCUGACCAUUUCAUACCACGCCCACGGUUCAAACUGCCAAAAAGCUCCAUAAUGAUACACAUAGAAAAGUCUUUGGUUUGGACGAAAGAUAUACCGAGAAGUAACACAGAUUUAGACACUGCCAAAGAAGCUGAAAUAGAAAAUUGGAGUUUGAAACCCGAUUCGAUUAAGAACGAUACAGAGCCGACGCAAACUUCCAAGCAUAGUUUGAAUAAUGGUGGAAACCCGAAAGUCGGUCCCUCCAUUUUUCGCCUGCCAGAUCCGCGCACAGAAGACACAGAAUUACCUGUACCAACUCGUACGGUAGUUUGUACGAACCAAUCGUCAGUUUUCGAAGUGACACAGGGGUUUACUGACCCUCUUAUAACUUAUCAAGAUAAUGAUACACAAACAAUAAAGUCUUCAAACAAAACCAUUGGAGUUUUUGCCAUGGAACAAAUAUUACUUAACGAGAAAUCGAACUACGUAACAGAGACGACGGUGCCGUGUCGGAGACUAGAAAACACAUUAGUCACGGCGAGAGGAACCAUUUUAACCUGCACAGGUACCCGGAUCACGUCUUUGUCCCCCGUGGCGUCAGUGUACCACCUGCAACAGACGCUGGAUACCACAGGCUUAUCAGCAUGGUUCACAAGAAAGGAUGAUCAAAAUCCAACCACGGUACAGAGAGUCUGCUGUUUUAAAGAUGUGUGUUUAGGUUUCCAAGAUCUACGGCAAGACCAGUCUACGUCCUACCAACGUUCGCUGUUGGACAUUAAAGAUAACACUACAUCGACGAGCACGAGCGGGCUACGUGUGGUGAAAUCUGUUUGUCUGUCCGAGGUGUUCAACGUGGUUGAGACAAACGAAGUGCAUUGCUUCACUCAGUACAACGAAUAUUCCCCUGAGCUGGCGCUGCUGAGCCGCAGUGAGCUGAUGUCGGUGCGGCUGCUCGACUCCGUGAGAGAGAUGGCGAUAGAGGCUAAACCACUCACGUGCGACACACAAAUUAAUGAAUUUAUUUCUUCUAAAUCAGCCGAAGUGGUCACGACUUUACCUAUUACUGAGGACAAAAGUAUUUCUACUUUGGACUUCGGCAUUGAAAAAGAUACGCAGUAUGAAGUAUUGGAAGCUACGGCCAACCUUCGUCAGAAGGGUGGCAGGAGUCCGGCAGACUUCGUCAUAUCCAGCAAUUUAAACGCGCAGAAAUGGAUGGAUGGAUAUAAGAAUAAUCCAAAGUCACUGAACCUGAGCCAAGUAACCGUCAACGAACUUCUAGAGCGGGCUUUCACCACUUCGACGUCCAGGGCGCCAGGAGUUCCGCAGAACGCCUUCAGCUGUGUGGCCAUGGAGAAAGAAGAUUCAAGCGCUAGCAAGACUGAUAUUAUAACCAACAGUGCAAAGACCUCACAAGAUCCGUUUAGGAAUGUGUCCAACGUGACAACUAAGGACAACAUAUCGGGGCCAGCCAAACGAAGUUCAAAGUCGUCGAUAAACAUCGUCCUGAAACUGAGCCGCCGGCACAAACGGGACUGCGUCAUCUCCAUCAACUUUGACGCGCAAAACGCUCAACACACUAAACGCAAAUAGAACAUAUACCACCAACGCCAUCUACUGAAGUUUUUACUACAGCACAAUAUAAGAUUUCACAAAAUAAUAUAUUUUCCGCAACUGAAAACGCCGUAGACAUUCGUGGUACUGAGAAGGAAAAUUUG